GAGAACCACGCGAAGACCCGCGAAAUGUACACCAUCCUGAGCGCAGUUGCGUCGUGCCCGAUGUCCGACGACGACCCCAAUGUGCCUCAGAAGUGCGCCGCUCUCUUCAGGGCAGCCCCUGGCGGUGCCGUCUGGAAAAACCUCCAGGCCUUUGGUCGCUUGGCUCCUUGGAUGAAGGUCCAGACGCAGGAGAACGGGUCUCAUCGCUCGGAGGACGUGGUGGAGGCCCUGGAGUGGAUGCUGCCCCUUGCGAAUACACAACAGGAGAGCUUCGUUGUGGUUCUGGAUUGGCACAGUGGGCGCCUGACUGAGGAGGUGGCGGACUGCGUCCGUCGCAAGGGCCACGUGCUCCUCUUCCACGGUGGCGGCUGCGCCCCGUUCACGCAGGUGAGCGAUGCUUAUCUCCACGCCCUGGCGCAGCGACUGGUCACCCAGUGCGAGAACGAGCCCGCGCUUGAAGAGAUGAACAGGGCGGCGGCGACGCUGGAGCGGGCGAUGGCGACGGCGCAGGGGCAGGAGUGGGCGGCGCGGAUGCGGCGGCGCUGCGUGGAGCGUCGGCUUCGCAACCAGAUGCUCGAGGAGGGGCUGACCGAGAGGGUCGCCAGUUCGGCCACUGGCGCGUUGCUCAGGAAUUGGGCAGAGCUUGUGAAAGCUGAAGAGUUCGAGCGUCGACGGAAGCAAAAGGAGAAGGAGGAGGAGGAGGCCGAGGAUUUAGAGGGGCACAUGGCGGCACGAACUCUGCCCCAGAAGGCCGCCAGCGAUGCGAAGCUGGCGCAACUGAAGCAAGCGCAUGCAUCCAGAGCGCACCUGGGCGCUCUCAGGCGAGCUGACCUGUGCCACACAGCGCGCCAGCGCUGGCUCCAACUGGAAUUUCCAGUGGACCUCGCAGCGCGGCGCAGGCAGCCGAUGCAGUCGAUGCGCCGUGCAGGGGCGCUGAAGGCAUGGGAGAGCGACAUUCAGCAUUUGCUGGAUAACCGCUUCUCCACUGCCCGCGUGACUGUGCCGCACCUGUGGCACCCGCUGCCUAACCUCACCACAGAGUGGGCGCAGACGCUGCCAUUCGAUGGCGGGCGGCAGCAUGGAAAGGUCCGGCGUGGCCUCCGCUUCCAGCAAUUCCUCGCGCCGUUGUUCCCGCCGGAUCGCUUUUGA